AUGGAAUCGAGCAGAGGAUAUGUGAACGGGUAUGACGAUGCCAUUCUCAACGGGAAAGAGAACAUAAUUGUGAGCUGGAGUGGUCCUAAUGAUCCGGAAAACCCCCGCAACUUUCCCAGGUGGAGGAAGUGGGUAGUCACGAUCAUGCUUGGGCUCAUGACAAUCUGCGUCACAUUCGCCUCAUCUGUAUUUAGCACAGCGACUAAAGUGACCGCGAAAAAGUUCCAUGUCUCCUCUGAGGUGAUGGUUCUUGCUGUCAGCCUCUUCGUCUUGGGAUUUGCAUUCGGUCCUAUCAUUUUUGGCCCGCUGUCCGAACUCCACGGGAGAAGAAAGCCCAUGUUUGUGGGCAUGUUUGUCUUUGCGAUCUUCCAGAUCCCCGUCGCCGUUGCACAGAAUCUCCAGACAAUCUUCAUAUGCCGGUUUCUAGGUGGAGUUUUUGCGAGUGCACCUCUCGCGAUUGUCUCGGGUGUAUUGAGCGAUAUGUUCGAGCCAGUAGAACGUGGCAUCGCGAUGUCUGUGUUCGCAGGUGCAACCUUCGUGGGUCCAGUUGCUGGCCCGAUUGUGGGUGGAUUUGUGGUGAUCUCAUUUCUGAGCUGGCGCUGGACCGAAUACAUCACGGCCAUAUGGGCAUUUGCCUUCUCGACUAUCGGAUUCUUUGUCAUACCUGAGACAUUUGAGGAGACCAUACUCUCACAGCGUGCCAAAAGGCUGCGGAUUGCAACCGGUAAUUGGGCUUUGCACGCUGAAGCAGAAGAAAAAGUGGUCAGCUUGCAAGACAUUCUGACGCGUUAUAUUUUCCGACCAUUCCAGAUGCUAGCCCAAGAGCCAAUCCUCCUCCUCGUCACUCUUUAUGUUGGGUUUAUUUAUGGCUUUUUGUACCUUUGCUUCGUGGCCUACCCGAUCUCCUUCCACGAGGAGCGUGGAUGGGAUGAAGGAGUCGGUGCCCUGCCGUUCAUCGCCGUCAUCUGCGGCGUAUUUGUUGGGUGUCUCAUUAUUGUGGCCUUUUCUGUGACACGCUAUCGAAACAUCAUUCGCCGCACGGGGAGUGUCAAUCCCGAAGAACGCCUGAUUCCAAUGGCUAUAGGAGGCAUCUUUUUACCGAUAGGGUUGUUCUGGUUUGGGUGGACAUCAAAUCCGCACAUCACAUGGGUUCCGCAGGCCGUCUCAGGAAGCUUUCUGGGGGCAGGAGUACUGUUGAUCUUCUUGCAGGGACUCAACUACAUUGUUGAUGUAUAUCCCAUGUAUGCAAAUUCUGCGAUAGCUGCAAACUCGCUAUUUCGAUCUCUGUUGGGAGCUGGAUUCCCAUUGUUUGCCUCCGCGAUGUUCCAUAACCUCGGCAGGAACCUCAACCAGGUCCCAAAUGCCCCUCGUCGCACAUAUCUGAUCACAAUGCGAUCUUUUGCCUGGUUAGUCUCACUGCCUAUGGUAGUUGAAGCUGGUGAAGUUUUAUGGAGCGGAUUUUUCAAUGAAUCUGCAACAGUUGCGAACUUUGACAAUUGGUCGUGGUCUAACCAAGUUGGUGACUGGCAGUGGUAUAUCCAUGGGAGCGCAGCUACCGAAAAGUACCUCGGCCUUUCCUCAGAUUACAAGAACCCAGCCGAUAGUCGCGAUGAACAAGGAAUUCGUAUCACAAUUGAUGGAACGUCUUUCUGGAAUGGACAAACCAUGGAGCGAUCGGAGAUCAUACCCCAGACCAAAGCAGAUCUGGGAAGCGGCCAUUUGUUCUAUCACUUCUCACUGAGCACAGCAAAGAACAAUGCCCCCAACCCGGCAUUUGAACACCAGAUUGCCUUCUUCGAGAGCCAUUUCACCGAACUGAAAUACGGCCUGCUCAGCGGGGCUUCGGGUAGUGAAGAUAACAAACUCCGGUGGUGUGUUGACGGAACCUCGCACUGGGCGACCGAGCUGGAAGCGGGCACAUGGUAUAAUUUUGCCUAUGACAUCGACUUUGAUGCGCAGACGGUUGGCCUCUGGGCAUCGAACGGGUCUCACCCCCUGGCGCAGGUUGUGUCCGGCAUUAGCGGCUCGACUUCGACGAACUCGGCAGACUGGCACAUCGGUGAGUUACGGCUCGACAAUGGGGGCUCGAAUUCGACUGCGGAGGAUUGGUUCUGGUCAGGUAUCUUUGUUGAAGAAGCCCCGAUCACGGCUGCUAUCGCGGGCCCUGAGGCGAAUUGA